UCAUCAGCGUGAACGAGUACAACAUGUCAGCGUUCUGUAGGUGUGAAACGUUCCUCGUGAUAUCAUUGGAUUGAAGACAAAUUAUUGUGUUAAGCUCUGUUUUUUUAGUGGUUAAAAUUGUAUACGAAGGUGCUCUGUUUAUUACUGAACAAAGUGACAUUACAUUGAAUAAGUGAAAUGGCAGAUUACAUCCAAGUAACAGAAGAUGAAAAUGACCCUGACGCCACGAUAGAACUCCCAGCAGAACUGCCGAGCCCCGAAGGCGCGUCCAUCUUAUUGUCGACGAUCGUCGCCCAGUUCCCGGGGGCGACUGGAUUGAAGUACCGCAAUCCCGAAUCAGGAACAAUGCGAGGGCUCCGAGUAGUCGAAGGCCGGGUUAUGGCGCCAGAUGGAGUUUGGCAAAAUCAUCUCUAUGUUGUCACAUUCCCGAAAGAAAACAAGAGGAAGGGAGAUGACACGCGAGAACUUCCUGUGGGAAAAACAAGAAAAACAGACGACAGGAGAACGUCGGAUCUGAUUGUACUAGGUCUAGACUUCAGCACAACGGUAGAAGGCAUGAAGGAUUACUUUUCACAAUAUGGAGAAUUGGUGAUGACACAGCUGAAGAAAGACCCCAAAGGCAAAUCAAAGGGAUUUGGCUUCAUCAGAUAUCGAGAUGUGGAAUCACAGAAUGCCGUGAACAACAAGAGGCAUAAGAUUGAUGACAGGUGGUGUGAAGUCAAAUAUCCAGAUUCACAGCAACCAGAGAAGAGGAAACUCUUUGUUGGGCGAUUAUCACCCGAUAUAAAGGAAGAUGAUCUCUACCAGUACUUUGCCAAGAUCGGAACUGUCACAGAUGUAUUCAUCCCCAAGGAAUUCAGGGGAUUUGCAUUUGUUACGUUAGAGAGCGCACAGAUUGCGCAGGGUCUCAUUGGCCAGGACCACAUUAUCAAUGGAAACAGCGUGUUGAUCAACUAUGCAGACCCCAAGAACAAACAAGGCCAGAAUCCCCACCAACAAGGAGGAAGGCCUCCCUUUGGGAACAGAGAUGGUGGAGGUUUCUCUCAUGGAGGACGAGGAGGUUACCAGAAUGACUACUUCAGGAACAAGCAAGGUGGUGGUGGUGGUAAUGAUGGUAGUGGUAGCGGGAGUUAUGGGGGUGGGGGUUACAACAACAUGAAUUCCUCAGGUCAGGGUCAGAUGAUCCCCAACAACCCCCAGGGCGGGGGAGGUGGCAUGGGGAAUCCCGCCGCAGCCGCCAUGGGGAUGUUGAACCCACAAGGUAACAUGAACCAAAACCAGCUCAACCAGGCCGUGCUGGCGGCGGCCCUGAACCAGGCCGGGUUGGGGAUGGUCGGGAGUCUCUUGAUGGGGGGCGGGGCGGGAAUGAACGCCCUGCAGGCGCAGGCAAGCAUGGCCCAGACGGCGCAGGCGCAGGGAAACCAGGCGACCACACCCCAGACUCAGAAUAACCCCGCUAUAACCGCUGAAUCGACAGCGUACCAGGCCCAACAGCAGGCUGCUGCGAUGGGAUGGGGUGCAGGGAACCCAGCCCAAGGGGCUGGUGAUGGUACAGGGGGCCAGUUCUACGGGGCAGGCAAUAAGCAGGCGUCGGGCUGGUAGAUGUACUACUUUAAUCAUUAAUUGCUUUUAAUCUGAAAAUGAUACCCUGAUUAUUUAUUUUCCAGCUAUAUUUAGGCAUUUUGUAUUAAUCUUUGAAAACAAAGCACAUAGUGAUUUACAGGCCCACAUGAUCAAUUCUAAUUGGAUAGCCUUUCUUCAUGGUUCUUUAUUUGAUAAAUAAAUGCAAAAUUUCUAUGACAAAUUUGCUUUCAGCCAAAUCACAGGAUUUUUGAUAAAAUAACAUAAUUUUUGCUAACGUCUAAUUUGUCGUCGGUCAAUCUCCAUUUACUGAGAUACAUAUUCUAGAUCAGUAAAGAUGAAAAUCUACAGUUGUUUCCCCUAUUUGUAAUCUGUUUAAUCCUAUCUUUCAAAAUGAAGAGAUUUGUUGCAUCUUUUGCAGUAAGCCAGUGAAGAUGGUCAUCUAUCAUUCUCAGUUCAAUCAGGCGUUUGUCAGUAAAGCAAUGAUGCCAAUAACUUUUUUUAUAAAUUGAACACCGGCACUUACACACACAGCUAUUCAAGUCAUGAAGUAAUAAAUGUUAAGAGUUCUGCGCUCAGGUAAGUACCAUGGUUACAGUUCCUUAGAAUAUCCCUUUCAGGACAAAAGUUAGAAAAUUCUUAUGGUUUUUCAUUAUUACUUGAAUAAGAGCCAUACAAAGAAUUGAAACAAGAUAUCUAAAAUUUGAAGAAUGUAAUAUGUUUUGAAUAAUGUGGCGGUAAAAAAAAGGCAAUUUUUUGUAGAAUAUGAGAUCGAGCUACUCUUGUUCUCAAAGGGAUAUGUAAAUUAAUGAUAGAAAUAAACCUGCUUUCAUUGUGUAAAAUAUUAAUUGUUCAGUAUUGAAAGUACACAGGUAUAUUUUUCUAAUAAAAUUCAUUUGAAAUGAAAAGGAACAAAGUAGCCAGAAUGUUGACUAAUUUUAGACUCCAAAGACUGAUGCUGAUGGAUCCGAUGUGUAUGGAGUGCAGAACUAUUUGAUUUGGGUUUUAGAUUUCACUGAAAUAGUGUGUGUACUUGCUUUGAUAUAUCUAUUUGUAUUCAUAUCAUUUUUUCUUUGCGGAAUGAUUCUGGUGAUUUAAGAUGCCCCCAAACGUUAAGCUUGUAUGAAUCAUGGGGUGAGGCCAUAUGAUUGAGAUAACAUGUUAAGAUAGACAAUGCACAAUAUCUUGUAAGAACUUCAGGCAUGUAUGCAUUUAUGUAUCAUUUUGAUUGAACCGAUCUGUUAUGUAGUGACAUCGUUGCAGUUUUACUGUGUGAACCAUUGGUUGCAUAUGCUUAGAAUGAAAUGCUUGAAUCACCUGUACCUUUAUGGUACCUUGUGUACCGGUGUGGUACCUGUACCUGCGUGGUGCCUGUUACUGUAUGGUACCUUUACCUUUAUGGUAUGUUAAAAACACCUUGUGCAGGUGAAGUUUUGCUGUGUGAACCAUUAUGCUUAGAAUGAUGUAUUCGAAGGUCCCGCACCUUGUACGUAAAACAAGACUUGUAUCGGAGUCUGUGACGUGUGUACUGUUUCCUAUGCUGUAACUAUUCACACUGAUCCUGUCAGCAGUAAUGUGAAGUACUAAGUAGCAUUCUUUGACACACUUGAAAUGAACAGAACAUCAGGUUCGUUAAAUCUUUUAGGUGAUUGAAGAGUGUUAUAAUGAGCCAAAGAUUGCUAGUGAGUACCGGAUGUGCUACGAAUGUUCAAUCUCUGAUAACUAGUGAUGUGUCUUCACUCUCCAGAAGGCUUGGCAAAAACUGACAAAUGCAUAAAUGUGCUGCUCAUUAUGAUCGUGAUAUAUGGAGUUGUAAAGAAUGUACUGUACAGAUGAUUGUAAAUUGUGGUCCAUUCUUUUAUUACCUCUGUAAUCUGAGCAGUGAAAGUGUAUGAAAAUUGAUAUUCUGAUUCAUGAAUGUAAAUGACCUACAUAUAUUAUGAUUGUUGUGACCUAAAGAAGCGAGCAUUUCUGAUGUGUUGAUUGAUAAUUCAAUUGUAAUUUAUAUUUUAUGACAUGUUGGUGUUGGUCUGCCAAAAGGAAUAUGACAGAUUCGAUGUCAUCGAAUUUGAAGACAAAUGAUUGACCAUGUAUAGAUCUAUUAAUGUAUGUUAUGAACCUCUGAUUGAGCCACUACUGUAUAGGUUUGAUAAUUGAUUAUUUGGGGUGUCAUGUUCAUCUGUGGAUGAGGUGUGACGCUCAUUUCUCAGCAAAAUGUAUCUUCCAUCCAGUAUGUGUUUAUUGAAAUAAUGUUGAACUUUGGAGAGCUGAAUGACACUUGAACCAUGCCUGAUGACAAAAAAUGGGUUUGGAUUUGUGUUUAGAGCUUUCGAUUUGUACUUUUCUGUCUGGAUUGUGAUAUCAUUUCGAAGGACAUCUGUAUGGAUUUAAUAUCAGAUUAUGUGAACAUUAUGGUAAUGCAGUUGACAGAAUGAUGUUUUUAUUGAUAAAUGAAAAAUGUGGCUAUGAUGUUGCUGGAAUG